UAGGUGACCGAGUAUAUGAAGAUUGUGGAUGUCUAUGGCCAUAAGCUCUUCAACCUCACGCAACGGGUGGAGGAAAUGCACAAGAGCCAAACCUCCUACACGGAGCUGGAUUUCGAGGUCCUGAAGCUGGAGAUCCAGGAGAUGGAGAGUCUAGUGGUUCAGUUGAAGGCCUCCAUGGGAGAGAGCAAUGUGGUGGUCCAACAGCUCUAUGUGGAGAUUAAGAACAUGAGCCUGAUGGUGGCUCAUCUGGAGAAUCUGGACAAGAACAAUGUCCUGGCCAUCCGACGGGAGAUCCUGGCCCUGAAGCAACGGCUGAAGGAAUGUGAAGAGCCAGGCUCUGGUCAACUAGUUCCACCAGGCUUCUGCAACCACAGUGGCCUUGUGAACAUCAGCAAGCCACACCUCCACAGCUGGAACUGGAGAGGGUCUGGCUACCGGUAUGGUGUCUGGGGCAAAGGCUACUCUCCAGGCAGCCCUACAAGUGAAGCCUAUUGGGUGGCUCCAAUGUAUGAUGAAAGGAACAUGCAGACAAUUGAUCUUUACUCAUCCUAUGAAAACCUAUUAUUUUAUGCACCAUCUAAGAGACUUAGUCUAUCUGGGCAAGGAAGUGGAGCAACAGUAUACAAGAAUUUCCUGUACUUUAAUUACCACAACACCAAUCAGAUGUAUAAAUUAGAAUUGAACUCUAACACUGUGGUUUUGAAAAGCACGAUCACAGGGGCUGCCUACAAUAACCGCUUUUCCUAUGCAGGGAUGGCUUGGCAAGAUAUAGACUUGGUUGUGGAUGAAAGUGGGUUGUGGGCCAUUUAUUCCACAGAGGCAAACACAGGGAACAUCGUGAUUAGCAAGAUAAACGAGGACACCCUCCAGAUGCAGAAGACCUGGUUCACACGGCAGUACAAGCCGUCUGUGACUAGUGCCUUCAUCAUCUGCGGAGUCCUGUACGUCACUCGGUCUCUGAACACACAGCAAGAGGAGAUCUUCUAUACAUUUGACACAAACACGGGGAAGGAGGGCCGGAUUAGCAUAGUGCUGGAGAAGCCUUUUGGUACGGUGCGGGGGGUUGACUACCACCCAACAGACCGCAAGCUGUAUCUGUACAAUGAUGGCUUCUUGGUUUCUUACAAUCUGGUGUUCCAGCUAGCCUCUCCAUGAAGGAAACCUACAAUUCUAUGAUUCUUAGCUUCCUUUUCUUUGCAAUCUUCUCUGCUGACCAAUCAUGUCCAUGAUUACAAUUAAAAAAAACACCAUCUAACAAGUGAAAUGUGGAUGUAAAAUUGGAUCAAAUAAAAGUC